CACUUAUUUAGCUCCAUUGGACGCAAGUCAGUUUGCUGGAAACUAUCUAAAUAUCAGACUAUCAAAUAAAAAUAGAUUAAUAAUAUAAAAAUUAAAAAAAACAAUCUAUUAAUUAAUUUUAAAAAUGUCUUCGGUAUUGUUACCAGAAGUUCCAGCUCCAGGAUUUUCUUUCGAUUUGUGUAAAAGAAAUGAAUUGCUGGCUAGCAAAGGAUAUGCUGCACCGAAAGCCCAAAAAACCGGUACGACAAUCGUUGGAAUAAUUUACAAAGAUGGUGUUAUUCUUGGCGCAGAUACUCGUGCUACUUCUGGUACAAUUGUAGCUGAUAAAAAUUGUUCUAAAAUUCAUUUUUUGUCCCACAAUAUUUACUGUUGUGGAGCUGGUACGGCAGCAGAUACAGAGAAAACAACAGAAAUGAUAGCAAGUCAAUUAGAAUUGCAUCGUUUAAACACAGGACGUGUACCAAGAGUUGUAACAGCUAACAGAAUGUUGAAGCAACAUCUAUUCCGUCAUCAAGGACACAUUGGUGCUGCUUUAGUCUUAGGAGGUGUUGAUAUUGAUGGUCCUCAUCUUUAUGCCAUCUUUCCUCAUGGUUCUAGUGAAAAUUACAUGUUUACUACCAUGGGAUCAGGAUCUUUAGCAGCAAUGGCUGUUUUUGAAAGCCGAUGGAAACCUGGAUUAACUGAAGAAGAGGGCAAAGAAUUGGUAGCAGAUGCAAUCCGUGCUGGUGUCUUCAAUGACUUGGGAUCAGGUUCAAAUGUCGACGUUUGUGUUAUCCGCAACAACCAAGUACGUGGUCCAGUUUUCGACUCUCGUAGCGUUGAUUACAUUCGUCCGUAUGACGUUGCUAAUGAAAAAGGUAAACGUCAAGGAUCUUAUCGCUAUAAACGAGGUACUACAGCUGUUCUUGAUAAAUCAGUGCGCCCAAUUGUUAUUGAGCAUGAGGCUGUGCGUAAAAUUGAAUUAGAAUCAAUGGAUACAUCCUCUUAAAAAUAUCUUUCAAUCAUUUUUUUUAUUAAUAUUUAUAUUAAUAAUACAAAAAAAAUUUCUUUUCUUUUUUAUAACUAUACGUAUGUUAUGAUUAUUGCUAGGUGGUAAUAAUAACAAUAAUUAUAACUGAUUAAUUGGUAAAUUGAUAAACACUAUGCAAAAAUAAACGAAUAAUAAUAAAU